AUGCAAGUGCCGGUUCUCGGCUGCACUUUCCUCACGCUGUCAGAUCGUGAGGAAAGUACUGCCGAGAACCGGCAGUUGUCAGAGCGGGGAUCGGCACCGAUCAUCAGGGCACUGAUGAUCAGUGCCCUGAUGAUCGGUGCCCAGCAGUGACACCCGCAAGUUCCGCCCAGCAGUGCGCCCACUAGCUCCGCCCACCCGUGCCCAGCAGUGCCCCCACCUGUGCCCAGCAGUGCACCCACCUGUGCCACUCUGCAGUGCCACCUACCUGUGCCCAGAAUGCCACCCACCUGUGCCCACCAGUGCCACCCACCUGUGCCCACCCACCAGUGCUGCCCACCAGUGCC